AUGGAUCCAGACUGGGUGCCUUCAAGUAAGAGAAAAAGUGGUGAAAGUUCUGAUGAAUACUCUGACGAUAACACAGAGAACCAUAAUGUUGUGAUCAAUCCUGUUCCAGAUCUUGACCAAACCAUCCAUCCCAUUAAAGAAUCCGGAGCCAAACCAGGGAAGGUAAAAACCCGAAAUCCAAGACGUACUAAUGCGAAAGUUUUAUCUGCCAAAGAGUUCCUUAACGAACUUCCUAAACUCCAAUCACAUUAUUGCAGGGCUUCAUCAAAGAAAUCAUACCUCGAACCGAUAUUUACAAAUUUCGCUGAACUUUAUAGAGUGUAUAAAGACUAUUGCUGUCAAAAAGCUCAACCAAUUUUGGGAAAGAAAGCCUUCAAAUCAAUUAUUGUUGAUUUAAAUCUCUCCCUUUUUUAUCCCAUAAAGGAUCAAUGCGAUAUUUGUUACAAGUUCCGUACUGAUAAUAUCACUGAGGCCGAAUACAAUGCACACGAAUGUAAAACUAGUGCCAGGGAUGAAAAAUGUCAAGAUAAACUGUUAGCGGAAUCCAAUCAUACAAUCAAAGUUGUAACCCUAAAUCUGCAGUUGUUGCUUCUUUGA